GAGUGUAGACGUGUUUUUCGUUACCUGAGCUCAGUCGAGAUCUCGUGUUAUCCCCGCACAUCGGCUCUUUCUUCGUUUCGUGCGCGCAGCCCCGCGUGUGAUACAUCGCGCCAAAGAGGACACAGUUUUGCGUCACGGUGUACGUCGCGUCGCCAGCCCCGACAUCGCGGUGAGACGUGUCAGCGCGCAACCCCGAGGCAACUCGCACGUGCUCGAGAUUUGUGGUCUGUGCUGCAUUUACCCUUGUCACGUGAAGCGCACGGUGCUAGGCAGCCCAACCGAGUCACAGGACAUUGAACCGCGAUCGGAGAUCGCUCGGAAUAAAAAAACGAGCGCUCCCUCCCCCCGUGUUCUCGGGGACUUGUACUUUGCGAAGUUCCGCACACCGUGCUCUGUGCUCACGAGAGAGAGAGAGUUCUCUGUCAGUGUUCCAAGUGCGUCGACAGCGAGACCGGUGGGGCCGAAGUCAAAGGUCACUGACGGAGUUCGGGACGGUCGCGUGCGAUCGACGACGGUAGAAGAGAGGAGGAAGAAGACCGGAAUCAACACACCAGGCAUGGCUAUACCCUUCGCGCUGCCCACCGACGGCGAGGCGGACUCGCAUCAGAUGACGCUGAUGCUGGACCUCUACGCAGCCCUGCACCGAGCACUUCGCAGCAGGAAUGCCCAACAUCCGUCACGAAAUCAUCGGGCGCCUCGUCGAUCCGGCGACUACGCCCGGCAGCACUUGGUGAUCCUGAUGCAGCCCAGCACGGAGGAUCUGUCGAACCUGCCGCUACCCGACCUGGUGCAGUCGGCAGUGGACCAGCUGCCGCCGCCGUCGCCCCAGGUGACCGUCUCCGUCCCCAACAGCCCGAUGAGAGACGCGACCUUCCAAUUUCCCGAGAGUGGCGCACCGUUGCCGAGCCCAAGGCCACGACCACGUAGACGGCUCGCCUCGGAGAGCUCGGUCCUGGACAAGGGCCCGAUCGAGGUGGUCUGCAGCAACGGCAGCACCUGCUGCUGCCACCUCGGCCACCAGACUCUCAACGAAAGGCAGUGGGCGAGCGUGGGCGCCAAUCUCAGGAACAUCGCCGGUGACUUCCACGCGUCCAAGACCAAGGACGCCGAAAUCGAGAAGGCGCGGCUGCCGGUGAUCGGCUCGGGCUUGUCGAGCGGUCACAACAGCAACUCGUCGUCCACCGACAGCCUGCUGUCGCUGCUGAUCCCGGCACCGUUGCGCGAGACCCUCUGGGCAACGGUGGCCCUGUAUCUCGGCUGGAGACUCGUCUCCCGCCUACGAUAGACGCGCCGGUCUCGCCCAGCCGUCGUCCCGGAUGACACCGGCGGUCCUGCGGCCCGAUCAAGCGGCCGUGUCGGCACCCGGCACAACACGGCGUUUGGGAAUUGUUAGAGGCGGCGGACCGCACGGACCGCCCAUAAAACCACCGACUCCUUCUCCCGGGGUGAUCCCCGGUGUUCCGGAAUCCUCGAGCGGACGCGUCGGACGUCGUCGAGAGGAGAGUGGGAGGAUCCACAGCCCGGGUCUCUCUUCGUGAUCGAACGGCGGAUUUCAUCGAGGUAGAGGUAGAGAACAAGAAAGAGAGAGAGAGAGAGGGAGAGAAAGAGAGAAAGCGAGCGAGAAAGAGAGAGAGAACGCGCGCGCGCGUCGAAAGUCACGAGCCGUCUCUCUCGUUCGAACAUCCACGACAACUCGGAUUGUAUUUUGUAUAACCGUUUUUGUAUCGUCGCUUGUCCGCCAGCCGCGGUGAGAAUGCGCUCGGCCGACCACGAUCGGUUCCCGAGGGACUGUCGGGAUUGCUUGAUGUCAAGUAAAAAGAAAAGCAUUGCCGAGUACCGGUACCGGUCAGUCGCGAUGAUUGAAAUGACGAUGAUCCGCGCGAAUAAUGGAUUCUCGGUGAUUCGACGAAUCGAGAAUCGUUCUAAGCGUGUUCCCUCGGGACGCGGGCGGUUUCGUGGAAUUCACGCACGGGAGAGAAACCAGCGAGGUUUUGGAGAGAAAAGAAAUUAACAAGGGGGAUUAACGCCUAGAUGUCCAGAUGCGCGAAAGAACGUUUCUUUCAAAACAGUUUCGCGGUCGAGACUCACGGUUCGUCACGCGCUACCGAGCAAGUUUGCCGACUGUGAUUGUCGCGCGGAUGACGAAGCGAGGGUGGGCAACGACGGCGAAACGGCUAAGGCGGCAACAUCGAAAUCCACCGGGUGCAUUCUCGCGCGAGAGCGCGACGGGCGGACGGGCAGGAGUUAUCUCGAACGUGUAGCCGUUCGCGCCGGCAGUUCGCCCCGUGAAUGAUUUCUUCAUAGGUGCGUAGGAGGUCGAAGGACGGGCUUGUAGUCUUAGGUGGGAGGUAACCCCCGACGGGGAAGGGGGUAGGGGCGAGAGUGACCGAAUUGCGUAUUACGCGGCGAUCGGGCCGAGACACGAGGAGGAAGAGGUAUUAUUUAGGGGUGACGGGGGGAGCUAAGGACGAGAUCCAAAGAGGAUUAAACCCAAUAAUCAAAUGAUGAUCUCAUUACGGAUAAAUAAAGAGAAUUAAAUAAAGUAGUGUGAUUACGGGAACGAGAGAGAAGGGCGGACCACCCACGCAGGCCCCUUUUAUUCCCCGUCUUCUCUUCGCGCGUCCGUCCCUCUCUUGGUCUCGCCGGUAGAGAGAAAGAGAGAGAGAGAGAGAGAGAGAGAGAUAGUCUUCGGUGUGUGCAACUUGUAGAUAACGCGGUCUUUCCCGUCGACAUGGCGGGCCGAUUCUCGAGCUGGAUUUUUUUUAACAACGUCGCACCGCAACGUUUCGCGAGGUGCGCUUUCGUUGGUGAGACACUUGGUCGGCGAGAAAUCGAGAGAGCGAGAAGAUGAAACGACGAAGCAUUCUUUGCGAACUUUCUCACUCCUUCUCUCUGUCUCUUUUCGAAAGAGAGGAAGAGAGAGAGACACAUUGGACUUCGU